UAGGCAACCGCGGAGGGCUCCGCGUACACACCAAGCCCGGGGCUGGAGAGGGUGUCGCCUGGGCUGCUGCUGCUGCUGCUGCAAGACAGAGAGGUUGGGAGGUCGGACUGCGCCGUGACCCGUCUCCGAUUGCCCCGAAAUCCACCCUCUCUCUGAGAUAAAAUAUUAUGACCAUUGUUUGUAACAAAAGAUGAUCGAAAGUGAAAACAUAAACUGUGAUGAAGUAGUUAAAGAACUGUGUUUGUGCAAUGGCUUAUCUUAUGAGAUGAUUGGAGAAGAAGGAUCAGAUACUGCAAAAUUGGAGAUGUUUUUCUCCGGGUAUCCCUGUAUAGUAGGACUAUCAUUAUUUCCUAAUUUAGCAAGUCUUACAAUUGUUGCUCAAGACAUAAAGGAAAUUUCAGGGUUGGAGACUUGCUCACUGCUGAAGGAACUGUGGAUUGCUGAGUGCUACAUAGAGAAAAUUGAAGGCCUUCAAGAAUGUAAACAUUUAGAAAAAUUAUAUUUAUAUUACAAUAAAAUUUCCAAAAUAGAAAAUUUAGAGAAAUUAAUCAAAUUAGAAGUUCUCUGGCUGAAUCACAAUACAAUAAAAACUAUUGAGGGCUUGCAGACCUUGAAGAAUUUAAAUGAUCUCAACCUUGCAGGAAAUCUAAUAAGCACCAUUGGUCGAUGUCUUGACCCCAAUGAACAACUGGAAAAACUAAACCUUUCUGGUAACCAAAUUAGUUCUUUUAAGGACCUCACUAACUUAACCAGGCUGCCUCGCUUAAAGGAUUUAUCUCUGAAUGAUCCUCAGUAUAAAACCAAUCCAGUUUGUCAGCUGUGUAAUUAUUCCACACAUGUAUUAUAUCACUUGCCUUCUCUUCAAAGGCUUGACACAUUUGAUGUAUCAGCAAAGCAAAUCAAAGAACUGGCAGAUACUACAGCAAUGAAAAAAAUAAUGUAUUAUAAUAUGCGUAUAAAAACUGUCCAGAGGAAUCUUAGUGAAGACCUGGAAAAACUGAGUGAUAGAAAAUGCAAAUUGCAAAAGUUACCAGAAGAACGGAUAAAAUUAUUCAGCUAUGCAAAAAAAAAUCUGGAGCGAGAGCUGGCUGAACUCAAGGGCUCUGAUAAAGCACACAGCGAGAAAGCCAGUAAUGGGCAGGCCCCUGAACCAAGGAAUUGUGAAGGUAUCACUGAAGAAUCAAGUCUUAAACAGAAGAUACUGAUCAAACUAAACGCUUUGAAUGAAAGAGUAAACUUCUGGAAGAGAAAACUAGAUGAAAUUGAAGUAGUUUACAAUACUGAAGUAAAACAAAAGAAAAGAAGUCACGGCUUGCUGACCCCGUUUUUGCUCACUGAGUUGGAGACUGUGGGAAAUAUCCACUUUGAAGAAGGCACACGAUCUGAUGACUGGUUCAACGCCUGCUGUGAGCUCGUUCUGUCACGUUUCUGUGUGUGGGACUACAGAGAAUAUGGUAUCACGGGAGUCAAAAUAAAGCGCAUCCUUAAAGUUAACAACCGUAUUCUGAGAAUGAAAUUUGAAGAGAAAUUCCAAAAGUUUUUGGAUCGUGAGGAUAUACAUGAUGCAGAGGCCUACCGAAAGAUGCUGGAGUGCCUUUUUUAUGUUUUUGAUCCUGAAACCACAGUGAAGACAAAGCAUCUGCUAGAAAUACUCGAAAAAGGGUUCAAAGAAAGUCAAACAAGCAAGUUGUCUCUCAACAGAGAACCUAUUACUCUUGUUAACAGCAUAAGCAUGUGUGAGGGUCCCCGGAUUGAGUUACUGCUGCAGAAGUACAAGGAUGAGAAGAAAGGCUCUUUUGAGCAUGCGCUGUUCAGACAUGGCAUUCUCCUCCUUGCCAAGGUUUUUCUUGGCCAGAGCACUCAGGCUCAAGAAAAAGACACCAUCACUAAAGCCAACUACCCUCUGGCUAAUUCAGUGUUCGUUCCUCGGGGACAGUUACUAAGACCAGGUUCUAUCAUAGGUCAGAAGCAUUGUGACUGCAGCAUGCGGCAGUGCAAGUGGUUCGUCUUUGACCAUGACUUUGUUCUGCCAGAAUACAUUGUUGAAUUUGAGUAUAUUACAGUGGUCAAGCCUCACUCCUUAUUUUCUUCAUUCAACAAUGUUAUUCUAGAAGAAAGCAGAAGAUUUUUACAGGGAUCAGUAUUGUCCCAGGAUUUAAAACUUGAUGAAGAAGUUAUGAAGAUGGAGCCAAGGUUUAAGCCCCAACAAAAAUUGUUUACUUUGGAUGAUAAAACAAUACUUUCCCUUGGCAAGACUAACAUUUACAGUCACAUUGUGACUCUGAAUCUACAUGGAAAUGCCUUGAGUAAACUGAGAGAUCUUUCCAAGUUGACGGGACUUCGGAAACUGAAUAUUAGCUUUAAUGAAUUUACUUGUUUAGAUGAUGUAUACCACUUGUAUAACCUUGAAUAUUUGGAUGUCAGCCACAACCAUGUGAUAACGCUUGAGGGAUUUAGAGGCCUGAUGAAACUGAAGCACCUAGAUUUGAGCUGGAAUCAACUGAAAAAAACUGGUGAUGAAAUAAAUGUGUUGUGCAAACAUACCACAAGCCUUCUCACCCUUAAUAUUCAGCAUAACCCCUGGCAAAAGCCAGCCACAUUGAGACUGAGUGUUAUUGGCAGAUUAAAGACACUUACACAUUUGGAUGGACUGCUCAUCUCUGAAGAAGAAACCACAGAAGCUGUGAAGUUUAUUACUGGAACAAAGAUUACUGAGUUAUCUCUCUUACAGCAUUCUAGUUCUAAAGAGGAAAGACCACGAGUGCUUAGCAUAUGGCCUUCUGCCAAACUUUUGACACAGGUUUCAAGGAUAGGACCACAUUUACAUCCAACUGAAAACUGGUAUUUGAAGAUAACCGCCUUAAAUUUUGAUGGACAACAUCUCUUCGAACUCACAAAUUUAGAGAAACUGGAAAAUUUGAAAUGGGCAUCAUUCAGCAAUAAUAAUCUCACUAAAAUGGAAGGUUUGGAAUCCUGUGUUAACUUGGAAGAGCUUACAUUAGACAACAACUGCAUCUCAAAAAUAGAAGGCCUCACCAAGAUGACUAAGCUCACACGUCUCAGCAUGAAUAACAACCUUCUCACUGGCUUGGACAAGCACGCUUUCGAUGACAUGCUCCAUCUUCACUCCCUUUCUCUUGAGAACAACAGAAUCACUUCCCUGAGUGCUCUACAGAAAACUUACACUCUCAUUGAAUUGUACAUAAGCAACAACUAUAUUUCUGUGAAUCAAGAAAUCUAUAAUUUAAAGGGUUUAUGCAAUUUGGUCAUUCUAGACAUAUAUGGAAACAUUAUUAUAUGGAACCAAGAAAACUACCGGUUGUUUAUAAUAUUUCAUCUUCUGGAACUGAAAGCCUUGGAUGGAAUCUCAAUUGAACCAUCAGAGAUUGAGAAUGCAAAAGAUUUGUUUGGUGGCAGACUGACCUCUGACAUGAUUGCAGAACGACAAGGGCAUUCAAACUUUACCCAAAUGCAAGAACUGAAUUGGACUUCAUCAUCUAUUAGAACUGUAGAUUUGAUUCCAGUUGAUCAGUUCAGAAAUGUGUGCAAUGUGAACCUCCAGAAUAAUAAUCUUACAUCAUUCAGUGGGCUGAUCUACCUGCCUAAUGUGAAGGUCUUAUGCCUCAACUAUAAUCAUAUUGAAUCCAUCAUGCCUGGAUUAAAGCCUCAGACCCACUUAACCAACAGACAACUACUCUACCAGAAAGUGCCUUCAAGUGGCUAUGGGCAGCAAGGAACUUCAAAAUCAAAUAGAGAUACACUGAGUACUGAAAAUUUGCCUCCAAUAAUGCAAAGUUUAGAGGUUCUUCAUUUGGGCUAUAAUGGAAUUUGUAAUUUAAUCCAGCUGCAACUUAACCGACUAAGAAAUUUAAAAUUCCUCUUUCUACAGGGGAAUGAAAUCAGUCAAGUUGAAGGGCUGGACAACUUGGUGGUCCUACAGGAGCUGGUGUUAGACCAUAACCGCAUCCGAACCUUUAAUGACAGUGCUUUUGCCCAGCCAAGCUCUCUGCUGGCACUUCAUCUAGAGGAAAACAGGCUGAAAGAGCUGAGCAAACUGCAUUCUUUGGUAAAACUAGAGAAACUCUUCCUAGGAUAUAAUAAAAUCCAGGACAUGACAGAGCUGGAAAAACUUGAUGUCAUCUCUUCUCUCAGAGAGCUUACUGUUUAUGGAAAUCCAAUUUGUAGAAAAAUGCUACAUCGCCAUGUGCUCAUAUUUCGGCUACCUAACUUACAGAUGUUAGACGGAGUUCCUAUAAAUUCAGAAGAUAGGGCAAAAGCUGAAUUUCACUUCUCUGAACUACAAGCAAAGAAAAGUUUGAUGAUGCAGAACAAUCUGCCUGCCUCAAAACCCUUACCUCAGUCACACUCACAAGCUCCUUUGCUGUGUAAGUUUAAUCCUGUUGUCAACGCUCCUAUGGAUAGUAGCUCAUUCUGCCAAGUGAAAGCAUCUCCUAUUAAAAUAACAAAUGUGAUUCUGCCUGAAGGAUUUAGCCAUUACUUGGGAUCUGACUUCACUUUAGCUCCUGAAGUUGAAGGUAUUUUUACAAAGAGUUUCAGAGAGAAUGUAAAAACCAACAAGCAGCAACAGCAGCAGCAGCAGCAGCAACAGCAACAGCAGCAGCAGCAACAGCAGCAGCAGCAAUAAAGAACCCACUUCACUUGAAACCAAAACUCUUGAUUUCUAAUGUUACUUACAAUUGCACACCUCUCGUUUGCAUUUGUUAAAUUUGCAUGUUCAGUCGAGUUUUUGCGCUGUUCUGAUUUCAGAGACUAUAACAUGUUAUACUCUACUUCAGAGCCAAAAGGUUGUAAGUGAAGAUUUGCUCUCUCACAAUGUGAACUUUGUGGUGCUUGUGCAAUUAUUUCCCACCUUCUGUCAAAGGCUUUAUUUCAUUUUCUGUAUGCUGUAGCAGACAAUGAAUGCUGAAAGUAGAAAUCAGAACAUUUUAACUAUAACAAAAGAAUCUUGGAGGCAGAAAGGGUAUCUUACAAGUGCAUCAUGCUUUUUGCUUGAAAUUGUCAGUAAGUUCAUGAAGCUAGGUUUUCUAGAGGCAGAGAAUUACCUAUGAGAAGAAACAUACUCACAUAACAGGACAUGGAAAUGGUUUCAUUUAGCAUGUACAUUUUAAAUUCAGGAUUAAAACAAACCUGUUCCCUAAUUCCAGAUCUUCACUGGCUCUCUAUUGUUUUGGAAAAGGAAGGGGGUAUUGUAAGUACUCUUCCUUGAGGGCUCAUGUCUUCCAUUCCUUUUAACUUCCUCCUAUGACAUGAAACUACCACAGUACUUAUAAAAACAAUCAAGGAAACUGGUAAGCGAGAUUACUAUGUUUGGUUGUAGUUUUUAAUCAAUCAAGUUAAAGAAACCCAGGACACUUUACUCUGUUGUGAUGUUUCAUUCUGCUUAUUUUCUAGAUAUGUGUAUCUUUAAGGCAUUGGGGAUUUAAUCAUACUGAAGUAGCCUCCUUAACAGCAUUUAGGAAGACUGAGAGUUUCCUAAGUUUUUGUUUUUAGUUUCACACAUAUGUUUACUAUUAUAGCACACAGAAAGGGGUAUUGAAUAUUUAUAUUUUUAGAAAUUACCUAUGAAGGAUCAAAUCGAUACAUUAGAUGACAAAAAAUAUAAGCCACAGUAGGCAUGAACAAUACAUUGCAACUUUACAAAAGUUUUGUUCUUUCUUUUUUAAAUCGUAGCUUGCUAUCUAGACCAAGCUGGCUUCGAUCUGUGUCCACCCACCUUGCUGCACCACCAAAACCACUGCAAUUUUUACUUUUAUUUUAAAUUUGGAAUUCAUGUUAUAAAAUCAUCAUAAUAUAUGUUCAUUUAAGGACAACCAAAUUUAACUACUUGAUGAUUCACAUUAUUUUAUAGCUUUAACUGACCAAAUUCCUUAUUUCAGACAGAAAAAAAAAAAUAGCCUUAGGACCACAUGGAUUUUUACCAAAAAAACCCUUCAAAUACUCAUGCAUAAAUAUCAUUUUAGCACCUCCAACAAAUGUACCCAUCCCUACUUAUGUUCUCAUCAGAGCAUAGCAAUCUACUACACAUAGCUCAAGAGUAUGAAGAUAAAAAGAGAUACCAUCACCACAGCAUACCAGAGCAGUCAGGAUGAGGGAGGUACAGUCAUCAGAGAACACCAGAGCAGUCAGCAUGAGAGAGGUACAGACAUCAGAAAACACGAGAGCAGUCAGGAUGAGGG